AGCCCCCUUCGUGCGGAGUGUCUGUGAAUUUAUGCGCCUCGUGUCUGCAUAUACGCCGUGGCGAUGCUGUUGAUGGUAGCAAUAAUAACAGCACACGGUUUUAUCUGGCACUUCGGUGCGUUCAGACCUUAGCAACAGAAUCGCAGUCUUCCCCAUCUCAAAACAGCUGGCUCGGAACACGUAAAACGAAAACAAUCAGUGUAAGGCGCUGUGCUCGAGGGCCUCCAAAUCUGCCACUCACCGGGUCAACCAGAAACUUUAAGAAGUUGGGACAUUUUUCAUUCCAACCAGAAAGGGCAAGAGCAUUUGGGAAACACUGAGUAACACUGAGGAAAAUCCUAGAAAUAACUUCCUCCCACCAUUCCAGCGGUUCAGGCAAUUCCAGCUGUUCUGCUAGACCUGUGUCACCAUGGGAGAAAGAAAAGGCGUCAAUAAGUACUACCCACCAGAUUUUGAUCCAGCCAAGCAUGGCUCUCUUAAUAAGUACCGCAACAGCCAUCCACUGCGGGAAAGAGCCCGUAAACUCUCCCAAGGUAUCCUCAUCAUCAGGUUUGAGAUGCCCUAUAACAUCUGGUGUGAUGGCUGCCAGAACCAUAUUGGCAUGGGUGUUCGUUACAAUGCAGAGAAGAAGAAAGUUGGCAAUUACUACACAACCCCUAUCUUCAGAUUCCGAAUGAAAUGUCACCUUUGCCCCAACCACAUUGAGAUGCAGACGGACCCUGCCAGCUGUGACUAUGUCAUUGUCAGCGGUGCUCGGCGCAAGGAAGAACGCUGGGAUGUGGAAGCCAAUGAGCAGGUAGUAGCCACAGCCCAUGAGGAAAAGCAGAAGCUGGAGACAGAUGCCAUGUACCGGCUUGAGCAUGGCUCCAAGGAUCAGAGCAAGCUUCAGCGAGCCCUUCCCACCCUGCAGAACAUCCAGGAGGCCCAGAGUGCCUGGAAGGAUGACUUUGCGCUCAACAGCCUCCUUCGCCAAAAAUUCAGGGAAGAGAAGAAAAUUCUGCAAGAGGAAGAGGAGAAGGAUCUCGCCUUGCAGACAAAAGCAAACCUAAGCAUCCCACUUGUGCGAGAGUCUGAUGAGGACCGACACCUGGCUGCACUUCUGAAGUAUCAGACCCUUGGCUCCUAUGAAGACAAACAGAAGCAAAAGCGCAGUGAGAUUGUUGAGCGCCCGUGGUUCUCAUCUGCUCCAGUCUUAAGCACCAAAGCCAAUGACACUCUGAAAAAGAUGGGUUUUGUUGGAAGAUGUCCAGCGGGCAAGUCACCUGUAGCUAUGGACAACCUAGGGGUUGUGCGCCGGAAAUUCAAGGAUAAGGAGCAAGCCUCCACUGAGGAGGAGCCUAGUUUGCUGGGUCCCACAGCACAAGUGAAGAUUCAGGAGCAGGACAGGGUGGCAAGUGCAGUGACCACUGACUCUCCCACAGGGCCUGCUACAGGCUCACAAGAAGCCCAAAGAAGCCACCCAUCCAGUGUUGCUACUUCUCUGGUUGCAGAUUAUUCAGAUUCUGCAUCUGAUCCUGAAGCUGAACUAUGAACAGAGCUUUGUGGCUCCAAAGGGAAAAAGAACGAAAAGAAAAAGAGCAGAGCUGGUGUCCUGAUUGCAGUACUUUUCAACCAAGCAGUUGCUACACCAGCCAGUUGGAUGUCUGAACAUGAGGAUGAGUUUAUCCUCUUGGAAGUUACGUUUUGCUGCCAUUUCUUGGUUUGCGUGCACCUCUGCAACUAGUUAUUUAAGCAAGAUCCUUUCCUUGUUUUGUCCAAAAGAAUAUAAAAUAAACACAGCUGUCCCUA